UCGGGCAAGUCUACCCUGACGGUUGCGAACUGCAGUUCCACCUUAGGAAACAAUUUGAAAUGUUGUUGUGGUUACUUCAGUUUCACGUUUUCUACCGUCUGAGCGCCGUUUAAAAUUCAUAUCUCUAUUUUACAAACCGGGGAGGGCCCUUCCUCUUCGACAGGAACCCGUAAUUGAGCGUAAAAAAGCGCGGGUCAGCUGAGACAUGUCGAGUGAAGAAAGCUACUUGGCCAUCAUACGCUAUUUGACCGAUGAACGGGAGCCAUAUGCGCCGGGGACGCCCGGUAAUACCAAGAGAAAGAUACGCAAAGCGGCUACAUGCUACGUUGUGAGGAACGGGACUUUGUUUUAUCAGCGUCGCCUGAAGGGGCAGAAUGAUUUCACGGAGCUGGAGGUGGUGCUGCAGGACAGCCGGAGGAAGGAACUUAUCAACGACGCGCACAUUAUAAGCGAAGGAGGGGAGCACCUGAACCAGCAGCUCACCUGGGAGACCAUCUCUCAGAAGUACUGGUGGAGAGGUAUCCUGAAGCAUGUUAAAGACCACAUCAGAGAGUGUGCUCACUGCCAAACCAGGCGCAGCGCUGAUGACGGCUCCGGACCUCGACUAUUCUCUCGGGUGGGGAGACGCAGGGCGGCUGCCAGCGUGAAUGAUGAGGAGGAGGGGGAGGAAGAGGAGGAAGAAGAGGGAGAUGAAACUUUAGUCUUCACUGACUCAUCUUGUCAACUGAGACCCAAGUUGGCCAAGGCGACGGCCAAGCACGAGCUGGUCUUUGUGGACAGUAAAGGCGAGGUGAACCAGUUCCUGCCCAAACACAGCCAAACAAUGUUGGACAAACUCAACCAGCAGCGCCUCAGCAAUCAAUUCUGUGACAUCACCCUGCUGAUCGAAGGAGAGGAGUACCGAGCACACAAAUCUGUGCUGGCAGCGUGCAGCGAAUAUUUCAACGAGCUGUUCUUUGAGAAGGGCGCUGCGUCCACACACGAAGCUGUGGUCGACCUCUCUGGUUUCACCAAAGCCAGCUUCCUGCCGCUGCUGGAUUUUGCCUACACUUCGAUGCUUACGUUUAAUUUCUGCGUCAUGGCAGAUAUCGCCAACCUGGCUCGGCACCUGCUGAUGACAGAGGUGCUGCAGAUAUGCGAGUCUGUGCACAAGCAGGUGGAGGAACAGAAGCUGACAGUGUAUCAGAAAGGAGACGUGCACACUGUGGUGUCGAGCCAGCUGGCUGCUCAGGAGGGCUUAAAGGCUGAUUCGGAUGCCUACAUGGUCACCAUAGAGAGUGACGGCAGGGCGGUGGUCACACAGAGUGGUGUUGCUGUAACAGGCGAGCCUUUAACUUUUGUCACAUCUGCUGAAGAGGCGUACAUCCAGCAGCCGAUGACGGUUGUCACUGAAGCUGUAGAGGGAGACAAAGAGCAUGAUGGAGACACUGGACAGAAUGAAACCAUGACUCUGAUCACUCACAGCGGUCAGGCCGAGCCAGGAGAGACUGUCACUCUUAUCUCCCGCAUUGCAGAAGGAAUGGAGGCGGAGACGAUGACUGUGGUCACCCACAGUGGACAGGCUGGAGCCAGCGAGUCUCUCGCUGUGGUGUCAGCCUGUUUGGCGAUGGAGCAGCCGCAGGUCGCUGAAGCAGGAGCCUUUGUUAUAAACGUGGACCCAGACAAAGCGAGCCCCUCAGAGGUCGUCAAACUGGCAUCAGAAGCAGUGGCGUCGCCUCAGGAGAAGGUCGAAUCAGCACCUACACCCCAGAAGCGUAAACGAGGGCGUCCAGCCAAGGUGAAGAAGGAUGUAGAGGUAGAGGAGUUCACGCCACUGGAGGAGGAGGAUCCCUCUGCUGAUGAAAGCCACGGAGACAAGCAGGAGAUGACGUCAGAUGACCCCAACAAAAGACGACUCAGGCAGCGCUCUAUUGCAGAGGGCGGUUAUGCACGUUUACACAUGGGGCUGGAGGAUGAAGAGGAGGGGAAGAAAAGUUCAACCCCACCGCGUGCCACCACUCCGAAGGUGUCUCCGAGGCCGGGUAAGAGGGGCAGACCACCAAAGCAGCCAGUGGAGACUCAGGGUGGUGAAGGGCAGUCUGUGUCCGAGUCGGUGGUGGAUCCAGAGGCUGGUGCAGUGGAGAGCGUGGCGACAGCAGAGAUGGACACAGACGAGGCUGCGACCAAGGUGGCAGAGCCAGAGACUGAAGCCAAGCAAGACCAAACUCCAACAGAGAGCGCCGUCGAUGGAGAGCACACCUGCUCAGAGUGCGGCAUGUCCUUCCAAAGACGCUACUCUCUCAUUAUGCACUCAUUAAAACAUGAGAAAGCUCGUGGAUACAAGUGCAGCCUGUGCAGUAAAGAGUUCCAGUACGCCGCCUCACUCCGCGCCCACCUGGCCCGACACAAGCAGCAGAGCAGCCAGCGAGCGCCCAUCCCCAAACCCUCAGCAGAACAGAGCUCUGAAGUCAAGGCGGAGAGCGACUUCGAUGAUAAGACUUUACCGCCGCACACCAGAAGAGAAUUUGUGUGCGACAUCUGCGGGAAGACGCUGCCGAAGCUGUACUCUCUGCGCAUCCACAUGCUGAAUCACACGGGCGUGCGGCCUCACUCCUGCAAGGUCUGCGGCAAGACGUUCGCCCACAAACACAGCCUGAAGAUGCACAGAGCGCUGCACGACGUCACCAAACAGUUCCAGUGUGAAUACUGCAAGAAGUCUUUUGUGAGCAAGCGGAGCAUGGAGGAGCACACCAGCCUCCACACAGGUGAAUCAAAGUACCUAUGCAACGCAUGUGGAGCGACUUUCCAUCGAGCCUCAGCUCUAAGCAAACACCUGAAGAAGCACCAGCCCAAACCUGACGUCCGUCCAUUCGGCUGUGCUCACUGUGAUAAGAGGUUCUACGAAGCUAAAGAUCUCCAGCAGCACAUGAACAAGCACAUGGGCCUGAAGCCGUUCCAGUGCCAGGUGUGUGGGAAAUGCUACAGCUGGAAGAAGGACUGGUACUCCCAUGUCAAGUCGCACAGUGUGGCCGAGCCGUUUAAGUGUAACGUUUGUGGGAAAGAGUUCUUUGAGAAGGCUCUGUUCAGGAGGCACGUGAAGAAAGCCACUCAUGGGAAGAAGGGCAGAGUAAAGCAGAACCUGGAGAGGGAGUGUGAGCAGUGUGGAAGAAAGUUCACUCAACUCAGAGAGUACAGACGCCACAUCAACAACCACCAGGGAGUGAAGCCAUUUGAGUGUCUGACGUGUGGCGUCGCCUGGGCCGACGCCCGUUCUCUCAAGCGUCACGUCCGCACACACACAGGAGAGCGACCAUACGUGUGCCCCAUGUGCCAGGAGGCCCACAUCGACGCACGCACUCUACGUAAACACAUGACCAAAUACCAUGGGGACAACCUGCCGGGGAAGAUCAUGCUAGAAAAGGACACCCUCCAGUUCCACAACCAGGGCACCCAGGUGGAGCACGCCGUCAGCAUCCUGGCGUCAGAGCUGCCUCCUGAGCUCCGGCCGGCCCAGCAGCCGCCCUCGGAGGAGAUAGAGACGGUGCUGAUCACAGAGGAGACAGUGGAGGCUGUGGAGGCCGUGCAGGCUGCCCAGGCUGUGAGCGACGGCUCAGUGGCAACGCUCUCUGAUCAGGGCAUCAUGCAGGUUGUGAACUACGUCCUGGCGCAGCAGGGCAUCACGGGCGGCAAGCUAGAGGAAGCACCUGAGGUGAUUCAGACCAUGGAGGUGGAGGUCGCUCACGUGGCCGAGGUCGAGUAACUUUGUGCCAGACACCAGGACUCCCCCACAGACUGAUCACGAUGUUUCUCACAGUCUGUAAAAAUGUAACAGAAUGUAAAAAGAUGACUAUUUUUCUGUGAAUGUAAAUAGAGUGAGUGAAUCAUGAGUGUGCUCAUACACACGUCUAUGUUCUAUGUAAAUAGCGAGUGCACAGGAACAAGAUUGAUCACAAAUCUGACAUUUGGCGCUCAGGAGAAAUAAAGGUAGAGAUAAAG